AUGGAGCCCAAGAUGGACGCCGGGCUGCUAGCAUUAGCAUGUUCUGGCUCUUUCCACGAUCUGGAAUCAUUCCUCAACGGAAAACCAGCCGCCUACACCAUCGGAAGCUCGGCCACCCGGCCACCUUCUCUGUACGCGGUUACAGUUGAAGGUGACACUCUACUCCAUGUGGUCGUUGCUAGCCAUGGCGAGUCUGAGGACUUACUGAACAAAGCCAAUCUCGUCUACGGCAAGGCACCCAGCCUCCUCUUUGUGCAAAACAAUGGGGGAGACACACCCCUGCACUUUGCUGCACGGGGGGGCAACUUGCCAAUGGUGUCUCUUCUCAUUGAUCUUGCCAAUAGUCAGGGCAUUAACAAUGGUAAAGGGCUGCUGGAGACACAAAACAAGCUCAAAGAGACAGCCUUGCAUGAGGCCGUCCGCAUUGAGAACAAUGAUAUGGUCAACUUGCUGAUGACCCAUGCUCCAGAGUUGGCCACCAUUCCUGCUGAAGGUACUUCGCCAUUGUAUCUUGCCAUCUUAAUGGAAAAUAAAAUCGUCGCCAAAACACUCUACGAGUUGAGCAGUGGGGUUCUUCCAUACUCUGGACCGAAUGGACAAAAUGCGUUGCACGUUGCUGUUCAGCGGAGCCAAGCUGACAGAAAGAAAACAGCGAUUGUCGACUAUGCUUGUCGAAACAUAUCGCUGUCAUGGAUUUUGAAUAUACAAGACAAAGAUGGGAAUACUGCACUCCACAUAGCUAUAAGAAAAAGAAGAAAAUGA